GGUUUUCGUGCUCAAACUCGGCAUGACAGUCACUCGGCAACAUCGGCAAUGGCGAAAGACCACUACUACUAUGCCGCCUACGGCACCGCGGCGCUGUCCAUGGCAAUAGGAUGGAACCGCAACAGUCCCUCGCUCUUCAAGACGACGGUAGAUUCAUCCGUGCCGUGGCUGCUGUCGACGUUGGGUGGAUGGUGGUUAUUAAAGGCUCUGGGAAGCGUGCCCAUUGGCAUCUCACACAAGCUAGGAACCAAACUUGGGACUCACAACAACAGCAAUAAUAAUACUGAAAACAACAAGAGACGCCUGGGAUUUCUCGAGCGCUGGUAUGUGGCCCAUUCCAGGUCUGGGAUGCAUACUGGGUUCUUGAUUGCACUCGAGUUGGAGAGUAGUAAUACCGAGACGUCGUUGUUGUCAUUGGAGGAUACGAGGCAGAUUCUGAGACGGGUCUGUCAGAAAUUUCCUUGGUUGCGAGUCAAAUUGAAGCGCGAUGGAGUCGAUGGGAUCGAUUCCCGUGAAUUUCUCAAGCCAGCGUCAUCAUCCUCCACAGAAACAGAAAACACCAACGGUUUGUGGGGCGACGACUUGUACGUGCAAGUUUUGAGUCCUCAGCAACCAUCGGGUGAUUUCUUUGCUUUCAGGCAGGUAGUGGUGGAGAAGGAGUCCAACAUUCCAGAGGUUUUGGAACGAACUCUGGAAGAAGAAAGCACCCAAGAAUGGCACGACGAAGACCCCAGUGCCCCCUUGUGGAGAGCCACUGUUCUCAGCACUGCCGAUAACCCACACAGAUUUUCCUUGAUUUUGGCAUUCCAUCACUUGAUUGUAGAUGGAGUUGGAAGUACAAGCAUUGCCCAGGCGAUUCUGGAUGAAAUGAACAGCCAAACACCUAAUGGCAACAAGAGCACGGAUGAUGAAGCAACCAUCAACAACAACCCACUAGCCCCGCCAAUGGAGGACUUGAUGGAUACGGUUCCUACCUUGAGCCACUUGCUCAUCCCAGUGCUUUUGGAUCGAUUUCCCAGUCUUGAAACGUACUUCAAGCCGAUCCAUUGGAAAGGACUCACAAAGCAUGAUGCGGGUGCAAGACAGAGCACCAUGGUCUGCUGUCCAAUUUCCUUGAAUGGACAACAACUGGCAAAGGUAUGCGAGGACAUGAAGUUUACGUUCAAUUCACUUUGCGUGGCAACACUCUGCAAGGCGAUUGCCAAAACAGUGGGAAACCAAAAGGAACACAUAUCUGCCGCAAUGACAACUACUCAAAAUAAUGGGAUCAACUCGGUAAACUUCAAAGUGAUUGUAGCCAAGAAUGAACGCAACAAUUGCCAUCCAGUCAAGCCGGACGAUCUGGGAGUCUAUCUUUCCGGUCCCCAAGUCUACGUCUCUUGUUGCUCUUCCAACAACAACGCCACCACUACGAAUAAAGCCGAAUACCAAUCGAUUGCCUCCUCGUUUCAGCAACGGCUCCGCGCAUUGUAUCGCGCGGCUGCCAUGGACAUGGGCUUGUGUGUCUUUAUUCCCGGUGAUUGGAUUCCGUUCGCAUCCAAGUUCGCCAAGAAUGAACCCAAUGGUAUCAAUGACAGCAUUGAAUUCAGCAAUCUAGGAAAGGUACGAUUUACCACAAACAACGGAACGCCCAACAAGUGGAACGUCAAGGACUUUUGGUUUGCCCAAGGACGGAGAGAGACUGGCGCGGCGAUCAUUGCCACCAUUACUCGCAGCGGGGAGGCUGGUGAGGAGAUUAGAGCCGUGAUGAGUGCGUUUCCCCAGGCCGUGCCAAGAACUACUCUAGCUCAGAUAGCCGAUACUUGGAAAUCAGAUUUGGAACUUUUGGUUGGAAAGAAUGAACACAAACACCGUUUUGAGAACUGAUAGAAAUCCCCGUUUUGACUCUCUUAUUAUCUAGCCAGCAUGCUCGUAAUUCACACAAGGAACCGUGACGGCGGAGAUACGUCGACACAUACAACAUUCUUUACCAAGUACGACUUAUAGGGUAGGCGGCAUUAUGGUAUUGCGAGUGGUGUGUUUUGUUUUUGAAGCGGCAGAAGGUGGUGGUAAACCAUGAAAUAGAGAUUGAGGCCAAAAGUGGUGCUCGAAAUAGUACCUUGAUUUGAGGCGCUCAAACGAAGUUUGCGAUCAAGUCUAACCAGCAGCUAUGGACAUCAAGAAAUGACACAAAUGUAAGCGGAGGCUUAUGGAAAAUCAAUUGGCAAGUCCCUUUCUUUUUAUAUGUUAGACUGCACUACAGUAAGGUUCCCUCCCGAAUCCCGCCUUCGAAGUGCUCCACCCAAUUGAAUUCCAUGGCCCCCGAAGCAGCAGUUGUUCCCUUCCCGAUUUCUUCUUUGUUUUGUACUUCCACUACCACGGCAUGUUCAAAGCAUAGAAAAGAGGUGCCUUUUUCCUUUUCUUGCAACUCGAAUUGCACGGACGAACGACAGCACUGGUGGACUUCGACCGACUCCAUCUGAAACACCUUCUGAUGCUCCAUCUACUAGUGUUUCUGCUCCUACAACUCCCACCACAAUUCCAACGCCAAACAGUAGAUGUUGUCUCUGGAGUUGGUGGUGUCUCUGAUGGGGCCCCAUCACUUGAAAGCACCUCACUUUCACAAUCACUUGGUGUUGUGGAAGGAUCAUUCGUAGAUGCGGUCUCAUCGCUUGGUACCUCACUUUCACAUUCGCAUUCACUUGGUGGGGUGGAAGGAAUGGCUGAAGGAUCAUUCGUAGAUGGAGUCUCAUCACUUGGUUCCUCACUUUCACAUUCACUUGGUGAAGGAUUCGUAG